GGUGUAGAGUUCAAAAAAGUCAAAGGUGAAUGAAAGCUCCUGGCAAAAUCAACUCCUUCCAAUGUGGGUGCGUCUUCUCCCAAAUGUCACCUUCUUUCCCUUCUUCUCUUCAGAUCAAACUUCCUUUCCUUUUGCCAAAAGACAAAGCAACAAACCGUUGCAGAGACAUACCCUCGUCCAAGAUUUAAUUUCUUGUCCGUUUUAGCACUGCUUAAGGAAAGCCCACAAAAAAGAAAACAAAAAAAAAGAAAGAAAGAAAGAAAGAAAAGGGUUGCUAUGCUAUCUCUUGGAGAAAAAGAGAAAAUGAUUCGGUGGUUGAUUCUUGCUUUUUGGACAAAUUGUUCAAUAGGGUUUUGUUGUCUGGAUCAGUUUAGCUCCAUCUCUAACUUUUCAGAUUUUAGUUUUUCUCAAUUUUGAUAUUGGAUUUUCAACUGCUGGAUCUUCUCAGAGAUUUCAAAUGUCAUGAUCUGUAAAGAAGGGAGAAAUGAUUAUACAAAGAAACUCAAAAAUUCGGAGGAGAAAGAAUGCAGAGAAUUUGCGUGUUUCAACGAGAUGCUCAAGCCCAUAGAAUAAAGCUUUGGUUGCUUCCACUGCCAAACCGAUGACCAAUUGCAGAAAGUAGAACUAUUUUGGGGAAUGUCGGAAAGUGAGAUCAGGGAUCUAAAAGAAGCACUUUGCGCGCAGCAGCAACUUCUGCAAAAGCUAUACAAUGAGUUGGAAAUGGAAAGAGAAGCCUCGGCUUCAGCAGCUAGUGAAGCUCUGUCAAUGAUAUUACGAUUGCAGGGAGAAAAGGCUGUAUUGAAGAUGGAAUCGAAUCAAUACAAGAGAUUGGCAGAAGAAAAGAUGUGUCAUGCAGAGGAAGCUCUAGAAAUUUUUCAAGAUCUCAUCUACCAGAGGGAAAUGGAGGUUGCUUCCUUGGAUUACCAAGUUGAGGCUUACCGGUACAAACUACUAAGCUUGGGCUGUGAUGAUAUAGGUGUUUUUGAAACAAAAUUUCCUGAGAAUUUGCUGCUAAGAAAUGAAAACUUAGCUGUAGAUACGAGUACUCAACGGAUAGAGAGAAGGCGUUCUAUGCCGCCUAUUCAAUUAAAAUUCUCGUAUCAAAAGAAGGGUGCUCUAGAAAAAGAACUCACUCCAAGCCCAGAUGCGUCUUCGAAGAUAAUGGAGGAAAAUAUGAAGUAUGAACUUGACCCUCAGAGUUCUGUCGAGAAAAAGUUGGACAAUUCUGCCGUUCCAGACAUUAAUACGUAUUGGGAACAGAUCAGAAAGUUAGAUGAACGGGUGAGGGAGAUUAAAGGAGUUAAGCCUAGGUCUCCCUCAUUAGUUUCAGAGAUCAACACAGACUUGUUCUUCGAUCCAGCAAAAGGUCCCCCAAGUACUAAAUCUACUCAAAUUAAACAUGCUGAAACCUUGCUAGAAAAUGAAGCAACUGCUGAUCCGUCUGCUUCUGCAAAUGUGUAUGAUGUAUUUGAAGUCCCACAAGCUCCUGAAAAUGACAAGGGCUCUGGAGGACAAAUGAAGCAAAAGAGCAAAUUGGCCUUGGAAGGUAAUGAAAGGCCUGGAAGGCCAGGUUCUUUUCCUCAGGAGGCUGUUAAAUCAUAUUUGAAAGAUGAAACUCUACGCGUGAGGAAAAUUUUUUCUUCCCCCGACAAGAACACAUUGGGUGGACCAAGUGAAGGGGCUGCUGUUGAUUGCCAUUUGGCUCUUGCUCAUCCAGGAAUUGGAAUUGCCAAAUCUCACCCCAAGUUUCAACAGCUUAAGAGGUCAGAGAUAAUGGAGGUUGAGAGUGGUGCUGCCAGACAAGGAACUUCUAACAGUGAAGAACUGAAAUUGUUGAAGGAGAUACAGCAUCAACUCAAUUCGAUAGAGUCUGAGAUAAGGAGUUGGAAAACUAAGAAGUCCCCUCCAUCGAAUGAGUUGCCCCUAGUUUCUCUCACCGAGGCAAUGCUACAUUUUUGGCUAUGAUCCAGCUUUUGAGAAAACCCAUACUAACUCAAACAACCGUAUAUCAUUCUUGUCUUUCGUGUGAUUUGCCGUGAGCGUGCUGCUACUUAUCAAAGCUGCGAAAGUAUGUCUGUAAAUGAUUGUGCCUAGUGUGAUAUAUUGGUUCUCUACUAGGAAUGGCAAUGGGAAAGAGCCAUGCAAGAUUGAGUUUUUUGAUUUAAUUUGAGAUUGUAUAUUUCUGUACAUAAAGUAACAGAAGGCCUGUCUUCGUUGAAUCUUGUAUGUGAUUCUUUGUAUUUAGAGCUUUUGGUGUCCAUAAAUGGAGUUUCUCAGUUGAAUGAUUUCAACUAAAUAGCAGACUGCAUCUUAUUCACCACCCUGCUCGAAUU